CUAUCUAUCUAUCUAUCUAUAAAUAGAUGUAUUCAAGAGAAUUCAGUUGGAAGGACAGAACCAGAAAACCAAAUAUAAGCCAUGGGGCGCGUCCCCUUUAAGGAGUAGCAGGGCUGGUGACGUCACGCGCUCCCAGGUAAACCCCUCCAGCUGUCAACGUUCCAAAAGGGAAGGCCGGCCGGCGAAGAAAAGGGGGCGUGGCUUGCGGAAAGUCCUCCUUUGAUCCCGGGAGGCGCUGCCGGCGCGCGACACCUGGUUUGCAAACAAUGGAGCAAGCGUCGCCUUGCAACUGCAGCAGCAGCGCCCAGAGUAUCAACAUGUGCCGCCAGUGACAGAGCAUGGUAGGGCAGAGGGGAUCUCUCGUGCACCAUGGGAUUUGGCAUCCAACUGGCGCUGCUGAUGUGGAAGAACUUCACCUACCGCCGCAGGCAGAAGUUACAACUGGUCAUCGAAAUCCUCUGGCCGCUCUUCCUCUUUUUCAUCCUCAUUUCAGUCCGUCGGACAGAUCCACCAUUUGAACAGCAUGAAUGUCACUUCCCCAACAAGGCGCUUCCAUCUGCCGGGACUUUGCCAUGGAUUCAGGGCAUCUUUUGUAAUGCAAACAACCCCUGCUUCCGGUAUCCGACGGCUGGAGAGACCCCAGGUGUUGUGGAGAACUUCAACCAUUCCAUUAUCUCCCGUCUCUUUGCUGACGCCCAAAAGAUGCUUCGCCGCUUGAACGACCAGAAAACUCAGACAAGUCUCUCUCAGCUCUUGUCCAUCUUGCGCCGUCUGGGCAACCAUGGCAGUUCGCGUUCGGCCCUUGAGGUCAGGGACUACCUGAAAGAGAAUGAGACCUUUUCCCAGUUCCUCCGGACCAAUGCCUCCUUUUCGCCUGCCUUAGCGGAGGAACUACUUGGGGCUCAGCUCAACCUGCGUGUGUUCUCCCUUGCUGGCACGCCCUUGCAGCAAAUUGUCUGCAACGCUUCUCUUCUCCCUGAAUUUCUGGUAAUUGAAGAUGCCAAAGCUGCUGAGCGGGUGCAACAAGGGCUAUGCGCCUUGCCUGGCACCACCCUUCAAGCCCUGGAGCGCACCUUCUUCUCCCAGGUGGAUUGGGUCAAAGUCCUUGCGGAGCGUUUGAGCUCUCGAUCGGUCGAUGUGGCGAACGCGGUGGAAGCUUUCCGGGUUUUUCUCCAAGGAACUGACUCUUUAGCCAAGGAGGUGUCCUCCUCGACCAGCUUUGAGGAGUUCCGUGCAGCCCUCCGGGUUUUCUCUGGGCAAGAUGGCACCUUGACCCCUCAACAAGUGUUUGAGACCGUGUCGCGUGUUAUCUGUGGGCACCCAGAACGAGGAGGACUCAAGAUCCCCUCUUUAAACUGGUAUGAGGACAACGACAUCAAGAGCUUCCUUGGUCGCAACGACUCCGUGAAGAAGACUGUCGCCUUGGACAAUUCCACAAGUCCCUUCUGCAAAGAUCUGGUGCAGAUGUUGGAAUCCAGUCCUCUGACGCGGAUCUUAUGGAGAGGAAUCAAACCCCUGUUUGUUGGCAAAAUAUUAUACACUCCUUCGACACCAGCCACACAGAAGGUGAUGGCAGAGGUGAACCAGACUUUUCGGAAUCUCGCCGUUUUGGGGGAAGUGAAGGGAGCUUGGGAUGAGCUUGGACCCCAGAUUUACACCUUCAUGAAUACAAGCCUAGAGCUGGGAGUGAUACAGAAUUUUCUGGAAACGCCAGGUGUGGCUCAGCUUUUGGAGCAGCAGCUCCAAGGGACGUCUUGGAAUCUGUCGACUGUGAAGGAUUUCCUAUCGCCCGAUGUCAAAAGCGAGGGCUAUACUUGGCGCAAAGCCUAUGCCCAAGUGGAUGAAGCGAUCCGGAUGCUCUCCCAGUUCCUCGAGUGUGUCUCUCUGAACAAGAUCGAGGCAGUGGCUUCGGAAGAGCAGCUUAUCAUGCGUGCCAUGCAGUUGUUGGAGGAUCGCCAGUUCUGGGCUGGAGUUGUCUUCUUGCCACCAGACAACCAGAGCGAGAUGGCGGCAGAUCUACCUCCUCAUGUCCACUUCAAAAUCCGAAUGGACAUCGACGAUGUCACCCGCACCAACAAGAUCAAGGACAGGUUUUGGGAUCCGGGACCAGCCGCUGACCCCUUCGAUGACCUACGCUACAUCUGGGGUGGUUUCGUCUACAUUCAGGACCUGGUGGAACAGGCUGUGAUCCGGGUUCUUGCUGGCCGGUCGGCAUCUCAACAGCGUAGUGGGAUCUACGUUCAGCAGAUGCCUUACCCUUGCUACGUUGAUGACAUCUUCCUACGCGUCUUGAACCGUUCCUUGCCUCUCUUCAUGACGUUGGCUUGGAUCUACUCGGUGGCCAUGAUCAUCAAAGGGGUGGUCCAUGAGAAAGAAGCCCGGCUAAAGGAGACCAUGAAGAUCAUGGGCCUCAGCAGCGCUACCCUCUGGCUGAGCUGGUUCCUGAGCAGUUUCAUCCCGUUCCUCAUCAGCGCAUCUUUGCUGGUCCUCAUCCUCAAGGUAGGAGACAUCUUGCCCUACAGUGACCCUGCCGUAGUCUUCCUUUUCCUGGGCACCUUUGCAGUGGCGACCAUCUCCCAGUGUUUCCUCAUCAGCACGUUUUUCUCACGCGCCAACCUGGCGUCUGCCUGCGGAGGGAUCGUCUACUUUUCCUUCUACCUCCCCUACGUCUUGUGCGUGGCUUGGCGGGACCACAUCACUUUCCCUCUGAGGCUCUUGGCGAGUUUGUUGUCUCCAGUUGCUUUUGGCUUUGGGUGUGAGUAUUUCUCCCUUUAUGAGGAGCAAGGCGUGGGCCUCCAGUGGCACAACCUGAACGCAAGCCCCGUGGAAGGAGACCGUUACACCUUUGCCACUUCUGGCGGGUUGCUUCUCUUGGAUGCCUUUCUCUAUGGUGUGGCCACAUGGUACAUUGAAGGCGUGUUCCCAGGCCAGUAUGGGAUCCCAAAGCCUUGGAAUUUUCCCAUCCUAAAGAGUUACUGGUUUGGGGAUUCCUCCAGCGAUGGUUCCCCUUAUCCCAUUCCUAUGAAUCUUUCCAAUUCCGCUGAAGUGAUUGUGGAAGAGCCUCCAUCUCACCUGAAGGUUGGCGUCUCCAUCCGCAACCUGGUGAAGAUUUACCACAGCAGCAGCAAAAUUGCUGUUAACGGACUCAGCCUGGACUUCUACGAGGGGCAGAUCACAUCCUUCUUGGGACACAAUGGUGCUGGGAAGACCACCACUAUGUCUAUCUUAACUGGCCUAUUGCCCCCUAGUUCAGGCACAGCGUACAUCAUGGGACGGGACAUUUGCUCGGAAAUGGACACCAUCCGGAAGACUGUGGGCAUGUGCCCUCAACACAACGUCCUUUUUGAUAUCCUGACUGUAGAAGAGCACAUCUGGUUUUAUGGGCGUCUGAAAGGCCUCUCUGGGCAGCAGGUGGAAGGCGAGAUGGAGCAGAUAAUACAGGAUGUGGGGCUGCCCCAUAAGCGACGGGAACAGACUAAACGUCUAUCGGGAGGGAUGCAGCGCAAGCUCUCAGUCGCCAUCGCCUUUGUGGGGGGCUCCAAGGUGGUGAUUUUGGAUGAACCCACCGCGGGUGUUGAUCCUUAUUCACGCCGAGGCAUCUGGGAAUUACUGUUGAAGUACCGUGCAGGUCGAACGGUCAUCCUCUCCACCCACUACAUGGAGGAGGCAGACCUUCUGGGUGACCGGGUGGCCAUCAUCUCUCAGGGCCGGCUCUGCUGUUGUGGAUCCUCACUCUUCCUGAAGACCAAGCUGGGCACCGGCUACUACCUGACCCUGGUGAAAAGAGAAGCUGACAGCGGCACCACGAAUGGUGUGGUGCUUGCCAACGAAAAGGCUUGUAGCGAUUCAGAAAUGAGCUGCGAUACAGGUCUGGGGAGCGAACAGAACAGCGAGGCCACUGCCCCAGAUGUGCACCAGCUAACAUUGCUUAUCCAGAGGUUGGUCCCCGGUUCUAAACUGGUAGAGGAUAUCGGGCAAGAGCUUCUCUAUGUCCUGCCGUACAGUGGGGCCAAAGAUGGCACUUUUGGGGAGCUUUUCCAAGAGCUGGAUGCACGCCUGGCUGAACUUGGCAUCUCGGGAUAUGGGAUUUCGGACACCAGCUUGGAAGAGAUCUUCUUGAAAGUGGCGGAGGACACCAAUGUGGAUGCCACAGGGGAUCCAGAGGUGCCCCCUCAAGCGCCUAGGAUGGCCACGCCAACCUCCACUUCCACCCUCAAGUCAUUGAGCGAAGAGACGGAUGUGGCCGAUGCCGAAUUGGCCAAAGGACAUAAGAAAGAGGAGGCAAAGGAAACGGAUCUCUUGCGUGGCGUGAGCCCCCAGACCUCUUUCCGGUUGACUGGAUGGUCCCUGAUUUGGCAACAACUCCGCGCCCUCUUCACCAAAAGGCUCCUCUAUGCGCAGCGGAGCAGACGGGGAUUCUUUGCGCAAAUUGUGCUUCCAGCUGUCUUCGUUUGCAUUGCCCUUUUCUUCAGCCUGAUCGUCCCGCCAUUUGGCAAGUAUCCACCUUUGCGUCUCGAGCCCUGGAUGUACGGACCUCAGUUUACCUUUUUCAGUGAUGAUUCUCCAGGGGACCCUGGCUCUGCCCAUCUGCUAAAAGCUCUUCUGGAUGACCCUGGUUUUGGUACCAAGUGCAUGAAAGAUAAAGCAGAACUGAAGGAUCCGUGCCCACGGCCAGCUUCCCACACUGAGCAAAGCUUUGAGACGCCGGAUGUCCCAGACUCGGUGAUGGAGGUUUUCAAGAAGGGUAACUGGACUUUGGCCAACCCAUCUCCGGAGUGUGUCUGCAGCUCUAGCGCUUCCCGAAAAAUGCUGCCAGAUUGUCCUGAAGCGGCUGGAGGAUUGCCUCCACCUCAGAUGCAAAGGAACACUGGGGACAUCCUCCACAACCUCACUGGCCGGAAUAUCUCUGACUACUUAGUGAAAACAUAUCCCAAAGUCAUCCGCAAAGAGCUAAGAAACAAGAAGUGGGUCAAUGAACAGUGGUAUGGUGGCUUGUCUUUAGGUGUGCGCAAGUUGGAGGAUCUCCCAUCUUCCAAGGAGGUGGCCAAUGCUAUGAAGGAAAUCCGCCAACUCUUUGCUGUACCAAAGGGGAGUUCACUUGACAGAUUGCUGAGUAACCUGACAGGCUUUGUGGAUGGAUUGGAAACGCGUCAGAAUCUGAAGGUCUGGUUCAACAACAAAGGUUGGCAUGCCAUGGUUUCUUUCGUCAACGUGGCAAGCAACGGUCUUCUGCGGGCCAGCCUGCCUGCUGGGGCAGAGCACUCACAUUAUGGCAUCACCGCCAUCAAUCACCCGCUCAACUUGACCAAAGAGCAGCUGUCACAAGCAGCCAUAAUGGCCACUUCCGUUGAUGUGUUGGUCUCCAUCUGUGUCAUGUUCGCCAUGUCCUUCGUCCCGGCAAGCUUUGUCCUCUUUUUGAUCGAGGAACGGGUCACCAAGUCGAAGCACCUUCAGUUCGUCAGCGGGAUGAAACCUAUUGUUUACUGGCUGGGCAACUUCGCCUGGGAUAUGUGUAACUACCUUGUCCCUGCUAUUCUGGUGGUGUUGAUUUUCCUGUGCUUCCAGCAAAAAUCAUAUGUUUCUGCGGCCAACCUACCAUCUCUCAUUCUGCUUCUGCUUCUUUAUGGCUGGUCCAUAACCCCCCUGAUGUAUCCGGCCUCCUUCUUCUUCAGCAUCCCAAGCACAGCCUACGUGGCCCUGACCUGCGUCAACCUUUUCAUCGGCAUCAACGGGAGCGUGGCCACCUUCGUCCUGGAGCUCUUCACUGACCAGACAUUGAACAGGGUGAACGUCGUCCUUAAAAAGGUGUUUCUCAUAUUCCCCCACUUCUGUCUCGGCCGCGGACUGAUCGACAUGGUCAAAAACCAAGCCAUGGCUGACGCCUUUGAGCGAUUCGGUGACCAAAAGUUUGUGUCUCCGCUAAGCUGGGAACUGGUUGGGAAGAACAUAUUUGCAAUGGCCAUUGAAGGUGUCUUCUUUUUCUGCUUUACUAUCCUGAUGCAAUACAAAUUCUUCAUCCAUCUCCGGCUCUUUCCUGUCAAACUUCCUCCGUUGGAAAAAGAAGAUGAAGACGUCGCCAAAGAAAGGCGGAGGAUCACCAGUGGAGCCCCAAGAGGGGAUAUCUUGGUGCUGCAAGAUCUCACCAAGGUUUACCGGAGGAGUAAGAAGCCGGCUGUGGACCGUCUGUGCCUAGGAAUCCCUGCUGGAGAGUGUUUUGGCCUCCUUGGCGUGAAUGGGGCUGGGAAGACGUCGACGUUCAAAAUGUUGACUGGAGACUCGGAGGUGACUUCGGGCAAAGCCUUCCUGAAAGGUUACAGUGUACUCAAAGACCUGCAGAUGGUCCACCAAAACAUGGGCUAUUGCCCCCAGUUUGAUGCCAUCAACGAUCUCUUGACGGGCCGCGAGCACUUGGCGUUCUACUGUCGCCUGCGCGGGGUCCCAGAGAAUGAAAUCCCUGGGGUGGUGAAAUGGGGGUUGUCAACUCUUGGCUUAGUGCAGUACGCGGACAGACCGGCCGGUCGGUACAGCGGGGGCAACAAGCGCAAGUUGUCCACAGCCAUCGCACUUAUCGGAGCCCCGCCAAUUAUCUUCCUGGAUGAGCCAACGACGGGGAUGGAUCCGCGGGCCAAACGUUUCUUGUGGAACUGCAUCCUUGGUGUGAUCAAGGAUGGCAGAUCUGUCGUACUCACAUCCCACAGCAUGGAAGAGUGCGAGGCACUAUGCACCAGGAUGGCCAUUAUGGUGAACGGACGUUUCCAAUGUCUGGGCAGUGUACAACAUUUGAAGAACAAGUUUGGAGACGGAUACACCAUUAUCCUCCGGAUCUCUGGGACCAACCCAGACACUGGUCCCGUGGAGAAAUUCAUCCAGGACUCCUUCCCUGGCAUUGUACUUAAGGAGAAACACUACUGCACUCUCCAAUAUCAGCUGCCCUCUUGCAAUUGCUCCCUGGCCAAGAUCUUUGGCACCCUCUCAGCCCACCGGAGUGACUACCACAUUGAAGACUACUCUGUCUCACAAACCACCCUUGACCAGGUGUUUGUCCACUUUGCCAAAGAACAAAGUGAUGAGAAUACCCCCGGAGACCUAUCCGCCACAACACACCCGGAAGUCACCACCAGACCUUGGAGGAAAAUCCUGGGAUUCUUGGAGGAUAAAAACGUGCAAGAAACCAGGGUCUGAGAUGGUGGGUCAACACCAGAACUGUGUGCUGGGUAGAGAGAUAAAACAAGAGUCACCUCACCCAUGAAACAUGGAGAGAGAUCAACCCAACCACUCUGAAAGUUGAAUGCUGGUCAACACAGCUGGAACUCCUUUCCUUGUGCCUGCUGAAGCUACCUUCCCAAAGGAACGGGUGUAAGGAUGGGGGACUCUUGAGCAUCUCCUAGAGGGUUCUCAGACCUCUCUGAGAGAGGUUUCAGGUGCACAGAAUUCUCUUUGUCACCAGAAACUAGGAAGAACCUUUCCUUGCCUGCAUCUGUAUAUUUCAAACUGUCUCCUUGCUUUGGUUUAUGCUGGCCGGGGCAAGGCUAUAGCUCCCCAAAAAGAGAGAAGGCUAGCCUUUCUGAAUCUGGUGGGGAGGAGAAAUGGUGUGUUGGACUCCAACUCCCAUAGUAGGUGGCAAUGGGAGUUGGAGUCAGCACAACACAGCAUUGAUUGUGUUGAGGAAGGUUGGAUAAAAGAAUGUCAGGGCUUUGACUAAAAUGACCCCCCUAUGGCUGUAUUGGUGGGCAUAAAAACCCAACAAAGGCCUACGCAUAGACAUGUUUUUGAUGUCUUGUCCAUCAACCAAUAGAAUGAUAUCCUUGUAGGGGUGGGCAACUGCGGAAGACUACAUGGGUACAUUAGGAAACCUCACUUGUCCCCUGCAAAAAUAUGCACCUACACCCCUGUUGUUCUUAUUAUAUUUAUAUCCUACCUUUCUCUCAAAAUUGUGUGUCUGGAGGACCACAAACAUGACCCCAUGGGCCAUAUACAUGACUCCAGGCGCUAUAUACAGCCUGUGGCCCAUAUUUUGCCCCUCUGUGUCUUAUAACUGCAGGAAUUGCACCAAUUAUUUUCAAUCUCAGGUAGGAAAAAAGAACCAGAUGCUUGAGCUCCUCCGUCCUCAUGUUCUUUAUGAUGAUGCACUGAUCUUACGGAGGGCCAACAUGGCGUAGUGGAUUGAGCAUUGGACUCUGGAGACGGGGUUCGAAUCCCCACUCGGCGAUGGAAACCCAUGGGGUGACCUUGGUCAAGUCCCACUCUCUCAGCCUGAGAGGGAAGGCCAAAGCGAACCCCUCUGAACAAAGCUCACCAAAAGUAAUCCAUGAUAGGUUUGCCGUAAGUCGGAAAUGACUUGAAGACACACAGCCACCACCAAUGUAUGCACACUCCUAAAAUGCCGAAGCUGUAAGAUGCACCUUGAAUCUCCAGCGCUUCUGCCUUGCAUACUAGCCAGCUGCUUUUUCUCUUGCAAAGAUUUGAGGCUGCCGAUGGGGCGAUGCCCACAGAUUUUCUACUGCGAUUUAAAAGAUGAAUGUGUAAAAUGCUUCUGCUUGGUUCUCAGCCAGCUCUGCAAGAAAUAACCCUGUGACUGAGGAUGCUUUCAGGCUGAGGCUUGUUUGCAAGCCCAGGAUGCGGUCCAUUUCAUCAAGGAGCUUAAGGUCCACACAGUGACCAUGGACUGGGACUCUGGGAGACCAGGGUUGGAAGCCUCACUUGGCCAUGGAAGCCCACUGAGUGACCCCUGGGCAAGUCACACACUCUCAGCCUCAGAGGAAGGCCAUGGCAAGCCUCCUCUGGAUAUAUACUGGCCAAGAAAACUUUGUGAUAAGGUCAAUUAGAAAUGAUCUCCAUGUUGAGCUCUAAGAAGGAAAAAAGAGGGGGCGGGAUGUUCAGCUAUUUUGGAGCCGGCUUUGCCCUGUGCCAUCGUCUUCCCCUCUCUGCACUGUCUUUGCAGCAGGUUUGCAUUUAAAAAUGGGGGGGGGGGGGUUAAAAAGGAAAUUGUGUAAGUUAUGAAUGUAUACACUACGCACUUUUCAGAAAGAAAAAAUGACAGGUUAUAAAAGUAGGAGGGAAGGGAGGCGAUAAUCUAUUCCGAGUGGGAGAAACAAAGAACCUGUAAGAGAUGCAAUGUAACUGUUCUGCCUUUCUUCUUCUUUCUGUCUUUCUGACUUCCUAUCCAUCUUUCUUUGUUCUUUUCUGUUCCUCCCUUUUUCC